AUGACCUUUACCGUCCUCACAGACGAGCAGGUUAACUCCGUCCUGGAGGGUCUCGACCUCAACGAGCUUGACGAAUUCCGCCAUGUCCUUGCCUCGGCGCUACAUGAGUUCUCGACCAACACGCAGGCCGACAACGAUGGCGUCUAUCAGCAGCCGCACCGCGUCACAACGUAUCACCCAGGCACCCGGGCUACGACGCUGUACAUGCCGUCGUGCGGGCCCGAGGGCAUGGGCUGCAAAGUCGUGUCGCUGACUUCGUCGGCUGCCACUCGCGACCCCUCGGUCAAGCCCAUCAGCCCGACGGGCGUCGUUAACCUCUUCUCACCCGAUGGCAAGCCCCUCGGCCUCGUCCACGCCAGCACGCUCACGGCCUUUCGUACCGCGCUCAGCUCGGCCUGCCUCCUAAGUCGGCGCAACCACGUCAAGACCAUCACCGUCUUCGGCAGCGGCAACCAGGCGUACUGGCACGUCCGCCUCGCCCUCAUGAUGCGCGGCAGCACCAUCAAGCAUGUUAACGUCAUCAACCGCCGCUUCUCUGAGAGCGCCGCCGCCAUUCUCAAGCGCUUCACCGUUAUCCCUCAGGCCGUCAAGGAGCGCGAGGGUUGGUCCCACACCAAGUUUGGCAUCCUGACACCAACCUUUCAUGAGUACGAGCGCCUGCUCUGGGAGCAGGUCCGCAGCUCCGACGUCAUCUACUGCUGCACGCCCUCGCGCGAGGACCUCUUUGACGCCUCCAUACUGACGUCUCGUGAGGGCCGCAUGAAGGGCCGCCUCAUCGUUGCCGUCGGCAGCUACACCCCGGAGAUGAGGGAGCUGCCCGAGGCGCUGCUCCUCCAGGCGACCAAGCACCAUGACAAGAACGCGCGGCAUUUCCACAAACACGCCGAAGAAGCGGGCGUCAUUGUCGUCGACACGCUAGACGGCGUACUCAAGGAGGCCGGUGAAAUUAUGGCAGCCAAGAUUGGGCCGCACCAACUGGUCGAGCUCGGUGAGCUCGUGAUGCUGCACCGCCUUGCCGUCGAAGAGUCCGGGUCCGACACGACGGGCUCGCAGACGCCCAUCUCGGCUGAUGCCGACUCCCUAGAAAUAGGCGACAGGACACCGUCCAUGUCCACCGUGUACAGCGACAAGUCGCGACGGGCUGAGAGCCCCUCGGGAUCCCGGUCCCCAGGGCACUCGCGCAAGCCGAGCUUUCCCCUGCCCUUUAGAUCGCACUCGGGCAGCUCGUCCGACACGACGGAGAAGAAGAAGGAAGACUCGCUGGCUCGCUGGCUGCGGGAUGGGACGGUUGUGUACAAGAGCGUGGGACUGGGUCUCAUGGACCUGGUGGUGGGCAUGCACCUCGUUCAGGUUGCAAGCGAAAAGAAGGUCGGCACACAGAUCGAGGGCUUCUAG